UGUUUUUAUGAAAAUAUUUAGUUGGUUCUGUUUGCGAAAAUAUUGGCAGUGAAAUGCGGUGUUUUGUUCCGGGAUGUUUCAAUCGUUUUCAUCACCUGCAUUUGAAAUGCCACCUACAGCACAAUCACUCCAUUAUUCAUAAUAACUGUAAUAGAUACCAUAGUGCGAUCCGCCAAAUCCUUCCUCCAACGAAAUGAACAGAAUCGGAUGUGUGUAAAAUUUUCUAUAUUUCGACGUAAUCUUGCAAGCCCUUGAAGAAAAAAUGUCCAGAUUUUCAAUUAGUGCCAACGAUUCGCCAGGCUGCGCGACAACUAGAGUAACUUAAAAGUGAAAUCCCGAUCUGAAAUGGUCAUUUGUUUAUGUUUACAUGCUUGAAUCCCGGCGCGCCAUACUUAAUUUCGUGAGAAAAUUACCAACACAACCAAACCUGUCUUACUACGUCACCAGUGUAUUUUACGUCGUGGGUGAGAGUUUUGGUCAGUGAGCUUUUUAGUCGGUAAGUUCACAGAAGUCCGAAACUUGUUCUCAAAGUGGAUUAACAAUUGUCAGGUCUUAACCAAUCACGAGCUGGCCCGAAAUUUUCUCUCGAAGUGGAUUAAGAAUUGUUAGGUCCUUUCCUAGAUAAUUGUUGCUUUUGAUAUAAAACUAUGGAUUUUCUAAACUGUAGUGGUCAGAAAGACACCGUCCGUGCAGCAUGUAAGAAGUGUGGAUAUGCUGGUCACCUUACCUAUCAGUGUCGGAAUUAUCUAAAGUUGUCUGAGUUCACAAAAAUUCGACAACAGGCGUCCCGCAAACAAUCAACGCGCAAGAAUGUUCCACAGAAGGAUGAAGUUAAUUUUCCACGGCUCCCACCGAAAAGGGAUAUUCCGAAUUUGCCGCCACUUCCUCGCAGCAAUCCAAAAGAUUCAGCCGCUGGAUCACAAAAAGAAUCGACCUCAAAAAUCCCUCCUGGGUGGGGCAAUAAUCAACCACAAGCAAAGGAUGACUCUGGUGAUUUAUUUUCUGCUGAACAACUGAUCGUCAUUUUUGAAACAAUGACAACAAAACUACGAAACUGCAGAACGCGGUUAGAUCAAAUCAACGCCUUAGGCAAAUUCAUCAUCGAAUAUGCAAUGUAAUGAGUUGGUUAUAGUAAAUUGGAAUGCUUGCUCACUCAGGAGCAAAACUGCUGAA